AUGGCUCGAGGAAAGAUCCAGAUCAAGAGGAUAGAGAACACCACCAACCGCCAAGUCACUUACUCUAAACGACGCAAUGGCCUUUUCAAGAAGGCCAACGAGCUCACCGUUCUCUGCGAUGCCAAGGUUUCUAUUAUUAUGUUCUCCAGCACUGGCAAGCUCCACGAGUACAUUAGCCCCUCCACCUCAACAAAACAGUUCUUCGAUCAAUACCAGAUGACUCUAGGAGUUGAUCUCUGGAACUCUCACUACGAGAAUAUGCAAGAGAACUUGAAGAAACUCAAGGAGGUCAAUAAGAAUCUUCGCAAGGAGAUAAGGCAGAGGAUGGGAGAUUGUCUAAUCGAUCUGAACAUGGAAGAUCUCAAGCUCCUCGAGGAAGAAAUGGACAAGGCUGCCAAGGUUGUUCGUGAGCGUAAGUAUAAGGUGAUAACAAAUCAGAUUGACACCCAAAGGAAGAAGUUUAAUAACGAGAAAGAAGUGCACAACAGACUCCUGCGUGACUUGGAAGCAAGAGCGGAAGAUCCACGCUUUGCAUUGAUAGACAACGGAGGAGAGUACGAGUCUGUGAUCGGAUUCUCAAAUUUAGGUCCACGCAUGUUUGCCUUGAGCCUACAGCCAAGCCAUCCUAGUGCUCAUAGCGGACCACCCUCUGAUCUCACCACUUACCCCCUACUUUUCUAG